GACAAGUUCCACACAUUCGAAUUAAUGGGCGCAGCCAAAAUCGAACACAUACACAGCUCAACGCAACCGCAUGCUCAUCAUCGGCCAACGUGAUAAUUACAUAUUCUUGGACAUCUCUUAGGCGUGCGGGAGCUGCUAGGAACGGAGACUGCAAGCAUCCCCUUUGCUUGGCCGGCCCCUCGGUGCUUUUGAGCGAUGCCACCAGUAGAUGUGUGCCGCGAAACCAGCCGCUUCGGAUAACGUGGAGCUGCGGAGCGGCUGCGGGCAACGCAGCGCACCCGCGGCAGGGCGGGUUUGGAGGUUGGACGAUGGAAGCGGCCACGAACCCGGAAGAGCUGCUGGAGGCGCUCAACAGCCUUAUCGCAGGAGUGGGAGAGGCUUACAUCGAGCUGUCUGGCCAAACUGCGGCGACCCAGGCGAUCGUGGCUGACCUGAGGCGCUGUGCGGCGUUUCUCAAUACACGACUUCAUGGCGAGCAGCAACCCGCGCCUUGGCUGCUCUCAUCACGCUCAGGAGGCUCGGCAGCGACAACCAGCACGCCAGCGGCAACCCCGCCGCCGGGCCGCCGCUCGCCAGCAGCAGCGGACUCAUCCUCCGCGCCCAACAGCGCCACGGCGACGCCCUUCUCAGGGCCGCCGCCCAGCUUCCGGAGCCCCUCGCCCUCGCGUGGCCCGAUGUUCCCAACAGCACUCGGGGAAUCAGGCGGUGACGGCAGCCCAGGCGCCGGCACUCCAAUGGAUGGCGGAUCUCGGACGCAGCAGGGCACGCCUGUAGCGCCCGGGUCCUCCAACCGCCCACCGCUCGCAUCCGCCGGGGCUGGCAGGGGCGUGGCAGCUGGGGCACGCGCAGCCAACCGGGGAGCCGGCACGGUGGGGCCGGGGCCAUCCGUGCGAAACGUUUCCAGCAUGCCUGCAGCGGGCCGCCCAUCCGGUGCGGCGGCGCGGACACGCGACGCGUCGCCGCAGCGGGCGGGGGCUGGCGCGCCGGUGCAGGCGUCACCGGGGGCGCCGUUGAUGCGCGCCGCGUCCCCGGGCGGGGUUGGGACGCCCCGCUCGCAGCCUACGGCACCGUUUGCAGGCGGGACACCAGCGGCAGUGCCGCAGGACGCAAGCCCGGCGCACCCCAACGUGCCGUCGCACCUACCGCUGGCGGCGCAGCGCGCCAUGGCGGCGGCCGCCGCGAUGGCGGCAAAUAGCGGUGACAGCAACGAUGCCCGUGGUACCACAGCAGGCAACGACAGUGGCGGGGCCGGGGGAACGUCAGGCGGACAUCAAGACGGAAGCGCAGCUGCCGCCACAAAGCCGGCGGGGCCACCACAAUUGCCGCUGGCACUGCGCCGGGCGAUGCAGCAGUACCGGGAGACGAUGUCUACACGCGAGCAGCUGCUGCAGCAGGCGCAGCGGAGAGGUGGAGGCGCGGGCCUGAGUACGCUGGCGGACACGGUUUCAGCGGCCAGUCGCUCCUACUGCUCGGCGUUGGCGCGAUUGUACCCUGCUUCUUCAGCGCCAUUGGCGGUGUCGGCUUCGAUGGCCGCGGCACAGCUGCAGCGUGUGUCACUGGGCCGCGUCCCGGCGGGGCUGCAGAUGCAGCAGGAGGCGGUGGCGGUGCUGCGGCGGGAGGCGCAGGUCAAGUUCUCGGCUCUGGUGGCGGCGCAGACAUGGCUUACACAGUCGCUUACAGACCUGCAACGCUCGCGCGGUGCGGGCGGCGGAGUGUCCGCAGCCAACCGGCGCGCGGUGCAGGCAGAGGCCUGCGCGGCGCUGCUGCCCGAGGUGGAGCAGCUGCGUGCCGAGCUGGCGGCGGUGCAGGCGGAGCUAGCGGCAGCUGAGGAGCAGCUGGAGCAGCUGCAGAGCCAGGCGGCGCAACAGCAGCGGGGCAGGGUGGGGUCAGCUGGCGCAGGCAGAGGAGCCUUGGAGGAGGCGGCAAGCACAGCGCUGGCCGCUCUGGGGGUUGACUAUGAGUUGGCGGAGGCAGCGGCGCUGUGGCGGAACCGGUUCCUGCGUGCGAUGCUGGCUGACGCUGCUCCAGUGGCGGCGAGAGCUGCAGUUGGAGCCGGGCCAGCAGGUCGCGGGGCGGGGACAGCCGGCCGCGGAGGCAGGCAAACCGCGGCACAAGCGGAAGCUGCUGGUCAGGGCGGCCGCGGCGGGCUCCAGCCGCGGGACCGCGCCGCAACGGUCUCGAACAUGCACCUCAUGCCGCGGCCGCUCGGUAUGUGGCUGCCGGAUGCGAUGUGGGCGCUGGCAUCAACUGCUGCGCCGGACACUGACCUCGCCGCGGCGUCCGGCCCUGGUCCUGCUUGGGCGGUGCUGCUCCCGACUCACAAGGUCGUCGGCGGUGCAUCACACGCCCCCGGCACGCAGGCGCCGUUCCCGGCGCCUGUUUUGUGCGGUAGCGCACAGGACGCGGUGGCAUAUGGGCGGGCGCAGCAGCAGCUGCAGGCAACUGUGUUUCAGCUCUACCUUGAGGGUGAGCUGGCGGCGCCGCUGCUGCCGCGCCAGCGCCCACCGCCCCCGCCUCUCCAGCCAGCCCGCGGCGCCAGCUCGAUCCAGCAGCGGACUGUGGCGGUUGUGGCCUGGGAGCGGUGGCUGGCGCAGUGGCGCAUGGCGCACUUGCUGCUGGUGAAGGGCGCCUGGAACAAGCUGUGCAGCGUGGUAGAGCUGGAGGAGGAGGACGAGGGCGGGCAGGGCGCGUGACCGCGUUGGCUGCUGGCGGUGUGACUACGUGGCCAGACGCCCCGUGAGCUGGAUGUCGGUUAGGGUUUAUAUUGGAUAGUGUUAUUCUGGCGCUUAUUGAAUUCCAGACUACAGCGGCCUGGGCAACAUCCGGGCAGGGCGCCAGGCCGCCUGCGAUGCGCCGGCCCUUCGGGUGCCCAGAAUGGCC